AUGCCACGGUGUGUGGACUGUGGGGUAUCUCAGCAGGUCAAAUUGUGUAAAGGCGACCUGGAAUUAUGUGAGAACUGUAAUGAGGUUCGUUUUCCUGAAAUUGCCAGAAAAAAAGAAUAUGAGAAAAAUCGAGAAAUUUCUACACGUUCGAGAAAUUCGCAGGUAACGGGCGGUAUUAUUAUUAAUGAGCUCCUUUGUUUCCUGUGGAAUAAAAUUGACGUGUUGCGAAUUGACGUGAUUGUUAAAUUAUCCGUCGAUGUAUAUGAUGACAAAGAAGUUGAAAACACAAAGGAAAUAUUAUACGAGACAUGUGAAUCCGAUUCCAGUAAUCGACGGAUACAAAGAAAAGGUCAAAACAAGCGAGCAAAUAACAUCCAUGAUAUGAUAAUAUUGAUGCACGAGCUUGAUGAUGUCAAUGUACCUUGUUUUGUCGCUCAAGAUCUAGCUAAAUUACCUCCUGUUGAUAUAACUAAUAUUGACGUGACUGUAAUUUUGAAAGAAAUGAAAUCCCUGAGAUAUGAGUUUGCACAACUUAAAAAUGAUGAUAAAAAUAAACGGGACAAUCAAGGCGUGCUUUCUGAACUAUUGUUAUUACGUAAAGAGAUGAAUGAAUUGAAAGCGUCACUGAAGCAACAUGUGCACAAUGAUAUCACUGAAAAUCUUACUGCUUGCAAAAUAACAUGUGAUGACAAAACUAAUAAAGAUCCAUUUACAAAAUCUGACGAAUUGGAUAAUACUAAUGACAUAGUUGUGAAUAAUCAAAUCGGGGAUAAAAUAUUGCAAGUGCCGAAACGAUAUAGUGAAGCAUUAAAGCGAACACCGAUAUCCGUUGCAAGUAAUAGUGAUAUCUCAGGAGCCAAUCAAAGAGCUAAACCACCUGCCUCUCGCAUAUCAUCGGUCUCCAGUGACAAUGGAUUUACUGUUGUUAAACAUAAACGUCGCAAUGGCAAUCGCGGAAUAAUUACUGGGACUAAGAAUGAAGUUACAAGUAGCCUCAGAGCAGUUAGAACUACUCCUCCUAUAGAACUAUUCGUUAGUCGUCUUCACCCAAGUACUACUAACGAAGAUAUGUUGUCUUUUAUGCGAUCCCUGGGGAUUAAUGACGUGAAAGUCACCAUGCUUAAAACAAAAUUUGAUACGUACGCCUCGUGCAAGCUGACAAUGAGUUUUGCCACUAGCAAAACUUUGUUAGACGCAGAUAACUGGCCUAAUGACAUAUUGAUUCGAAGAUUUUAUCCAUCAAGAAAUCAAAAAUCAACAUGA